AUUGCAAUCACUAAUUGAGAAAUGCUUUUCCCGAAAAGAACAACUCUCCCAACCUGGGUGGAGGAAAUAAUAUUAAAAAAUAAAAAAUAAAAAGGAAUGGAAUAAGAACGAGCAGAAAGACAUAGCAACAACAUAAAAACCUAGGUGAAGCCGUGAAGGAAAGCUUUGUACCGCAACUGAGGUUGUUCCUCUGACAUAUCUGUAUCAGUGUCAUCGCCUUAAGAAACAGGACAAUGGCAACAAAAGCUUUGGCCUUCACCGUCACUCUCAACGACCUUACCAACAAUCGCUUCGCCUCUAAGUCGCCCCACACUGCCCCAAAACUCUCCGUUUUUACUGUCAGAUGCUCUGCGGGUAAUGGACAAAGGCCUUGGAAAAAUUCAGAUGCCAGACUUGUGCUAGAAGAUGGUUCUAUUUGGAAAGCAAAAUCGUUUGGUGCUACGGGAACACAAGUUGGUGAAGUUGUGUUUAAUACAUCAUUAACUGGGUAUCAAGAAAUUUUGACAGAUCCUAGCUAUGCUGGCCAGUUUGUGCUGAUGACAAAUCCGCAUAUUGGGAACACUGGCAUAAAUUUUGAUGAUGAGGAAUCAAGAGAAUGUUUCCUUGCUGGUUUAGUAAUUAGAAGUUUGAGUAUCAGUACCUCUAAUUGGAGAUGUGCAAAAGCUCUGGGUGAUUACUUAGCUGAGAGGAAUAUUAUGGGAAUUUAUGAUGUUGACACCCGUGCCAUCACACGCAGAUUGCGGCAGGAUGGCAGCCUUAUUGGUGUCUUGAGCUCUGACAAUUCCAAAACAGAUGAGGAACUAGUUCAGAUGUCUAAGUCGUGGGACAUUGUUGGUGUUGAUCUAAUAAGUGGGGUAUCAUGCAAAUCCCCACAUGAAUGGGUUGAUAAAUCAAAGCAAGAAUGGGAGUUUAGUUCCUAUAAAGUUCCUGGAGAGACUUUCCAUGUAGUCGCCUAUGAUUUUGGAAUCAAGCAUAAUAUACUGAAGCGCCUAGCAUCAUACGGCUGCAAAAUCACUGUUGUGCCAUCUACGUGGCCAGCAUUAGAAACUUUAAAGAUGAAACCAGAUGGAGUCCUUUUCAGCAAUGGCCCUGGAGAUCCAUCUGCUGUUCCUUAUGCUGUUGAAACAGUAAAGAAUAUUAUUGGAAAGGUGCCUGUUUUUGGAAUUUGUAUGGGCCAUCAAUUGCUAGGCCAGGCUUUAGGAGGUAAAACCUUCAAGAUGAAAUUUGGUCACCAUGGAGGAAAUCAUCCUGUUCGUAACCUUCGUACUGGACAUGUUGAAAUUAGUGCUCAGAAUCACAACUAUGCUGUUGACCCUGCCACACUGCCGAAAGGAGUGGAGGUUACUCAUAUCAAUCUUAAUGAUCGAAGUUGUGCUGGUCUUUCUUUCCCUGCUCAAAAUCUUAUGUCUCUUCAAUACCACCCUGAAGCAUCCCCUGGGCCUCAUGAUUCUGACUAUGCUUUUAGGGAGUUUAUAGAGCUAAUGAAGCAAGGAAAAAGCAGAGCAGCGAGGGAGAGUCUACACCAACUAUCAGCGGCACAUGCUUUGGAAGCGUAGUGGUUGGAGCAAGCUGCUUCCCCCGGGCAAAAAGAAUAAAGCAUUUGCUAAAAUAUUAAGUUGUUAUUAGUCUCUUUCUAUGAUUUUGUAGGUGAAUUUACUAAGUUUUCCUGGGGAUCAUUAAGAUGAUCUCAUUUCCAUUUUCUUUACAAGGCCAAGCAUGGCCAUGAGAUUGUCAUAAAACCUCAGUGAGGAUUAGUGUACUCAUCGAAGUCAGCACCAAAUUUUGCUUACUGGCUCACUAAUUUUAUGGGUAAUAAUAAAAUAGCUAACAAUUGCCUUUACAAU